AUGUUGUUCUACUCUUUUUUCAAAACAUUGGUCGAUCAGAAAGUGACCGUCGAACUUAAGAACGAUCUCGCCAUCACGGGUACCCUAAAAUCCGUGGAUCAGUUCUUAAACAUUAAGCUCGAUGACAUUACGGUGAUCGAUGAAGAAAGAUACCCACACAUGAGCUCUGUCAAAAACUGCUUCAUUCGAGGAUCGGUUGUGCGUUAUGUUCAACUGCCACCGCAAGCAGUAGAUACGGCCUUGUUACAAGAUGCGGCUCGACGAGAGGCCGCGCAACCGACAGCGGCACAACAAAGCAAUGUGAGAGUCAAAUAA